GCACUUCAAUUCCGGGAAAAACAAUUUUUGACCGUACCAUACGUACCGUACCGUGAUUGAGUUCGAGGAAAAACUUGUCUUUUGAAAAACGUCUAAUUCAGAAUGGAGUCAGACGUGUCGGGAAGAGAUCAUCAUCCGGAAGACACCAAAAGCUCGGAGGAAGAAGAGGAGAGUCCAGAUGAAAACCAGAACCUCCUAAGACGUUCAGUCACCCAUGAUGGGGAUAACAGGAAUACCUUGCAAGUUCCUGAGGGGCGAGGGCGCUCUCUCAGCUCUCCCAUCAGUCCUAAUAUCCUACUCAGCUUCUCGGCAGCGUCAGAAUCUGUCAGGAGAUUGUCAGGAAGCAGUAGGAUCUCCUACCAGACCUUUGACUGGGAGUCGGCUAAACUCAAUGUUGAAGAAGCAGAGGAAACCCGGAUAGAGAGCGUCAUCAAAGCAAGCAGAUCAAUGCUAGGAUUCCAGUGCGAGGAUUCAGAGAUCUCCGACGAGGAACGGGGAGUGGUAGUUGCGGAACUGGAGCAGGAGUUCUUUGAGAUGCCCCCGAGAUCAUUGAAUAACUCUGCACAGACAGCCGAUAACAGAAGGAGAGCGUUACUGCGUAUGACAUCCCUGAACUACGAUUCGGUGAUCGACCGUGAAGUGAAAAUGAGACAGAGAGCUUGGACAGAUGAAAUGGAUGUAAAGUCGAGAAAGAGAAAAGGUGUGCCGUAUAUGUCUCUUCAUGCUAAGCCUGUUCCGUACAACGGAAAGGGAAGGAGAGUGUUCAUUGAAGACACUCCGAUUUCUAUCAAGAUAGUCGACUGCGGUAGAGUUCAUUCAACACUUCAUUUAAACCCAAAUCAGUACCACAUUGAGAUUCGGCAUGGGCCUUGCUUGUGGGCUGUGCGUCGACGGUACAAUAAUUUCCUUCGACUUCAUGAGGAGCUCAUCUUAUACAAGGCACGGCUGCAUAUACCCAUGGGUAGAGGGAGCCAUCGGGAGAGAUACCGAUUAUUCCGAGAACUACCCGACGAUGUCAAUGAUCUUCCUCACUUUCCGAGGACAUUAGAUGCACUUGUUCGUGCUCACCAGCUGGCCAAAAGAAUGCAUCAACUUGAAAAAUAUCUCCAGGGCGUGGUUAAUAACCCUCUCUACAGGAACCAUCCGAAAAUGUUGGAGUUUUUGGAGGUCAGUCACAUUUCUUUUGUAGAUGAGCUUGGAGAGAAAGGAAAGGAAGGGUGGGUGAUGAAAAGGUCCGGUGGAAGAAGGGUCCAGCUCGGAUGUUUCUCAUCUCUCUCAUGCAGUGCAAGAAGUCACUACAGUAAAAGGUGGCUGGUUGUCAAGGAUUCCUUUGUAGCCUACGUCCGACCCAAAGAUGGACUGUUGAGGGCGGUGUUGCUCAUGGAUCAGGAUUUCCAGGUGGCUUGCGGGAGAGAGGACACUGGCCUUGCACAUGGUCUACAGAUCACUAAUACAUUCAGGAAUUUGCUCCUCCGUUGCAACCACAAAUCAAUGGCUCUUGAUUGGAAGGCUGACAUCGAGAGGACUGCUCAGUCCUGUGAGUACACGUUUGUUAAUAAUCCUCACGGUUCCUUCGCCCCUCCGAGAGAUGACACACUGGUUCAAGGGUUUGCUGAUGGAUCUGACUACUUUGAGUGUAUUGCCGAUGCGCUUGAGGUUGCUAAGCAACAGAUCUUCAUCUUAGAUUGGUGUCUGCAUCCUCAGAUCUUUUUGAAGAGACCACCUCAAGAUGACAAUAGGUGGAGACUGGAUUGCAUUCUGAAGAGAAAGGCGGAGGAAGGUGUGAAAGUGUUUGUGUUGCUGUACAAGGAAGUAGAAGUGGCACUCAACCUAGGUAGCCUUCACACUAAGCAAACUCUCCUGGGUCUUCACCCCAAUAUCAAAGUGAUGAGACAUCCUGACCACAUUCCAGGCGGCGCUGGGGUCGUACUCUGGGCCCACCACGAGAAGGUUGUCGUCGUUGACCAGCGCAUCGCCUUCCUAGGGGGCAUCGACAUCUGCUACGGCCGGUGGGACGACUUCAGACACAGGCUUGUUGAUACGGGUGCUGCUAAGGAAGAGGAUUCGCAUGGAGCAGAGGAUGUGCCUGAUGGAAGAAUGUCAGCCAAUCGUUCAAGAAAACAAAAUGGCAGCUUAGGUAAUAGACACAUGACGGGAGUAGAGAGGAGAAUGCGCCAACUUGGGAUUCAAGAGGGCGCUAGACAGCUUUGGCUCGGUAAAGACUAUUACAAUCCCAUCAUCAAGGAUGUGAUUCAACCCGAACUUCCCUUUGAUGAAACCGUGGAUCGUUCAUCGGUACCAAGAUUGCCGUGGCAUGACAUUGCUGCAGUGGUUUAUGGGAAGGCAGCCCUCGAUGUAGCGAGACAUUUCAUUCAGAGAUGGAAUUUCACAAAGGAGCAGAAGAAGAAAGAGAUGCCUAAUCUUCCGCUACUCAUCCCCAAAUCAUCCACAACUCUUACUGAAUUUUUUCUCCCAUCCAAUCCAGAUGCUACUUGCUGCAGGUGCCAGAUCUUACGAUCAGCAUGUCAAUGGUCCGUAGGGAUGCAGCAUGUGGAGGAUUCUAUUCACCAAGCCUACAUCAGCGCCAUCAAUAAGAGCAAGCAUUUCAUCUACAUAGAGAACCAGUUCUUCGUCUCCAUAGCGAAUGAUCCUGAUGUAUCAAAUGGAAUCGCGGAUGCAAUCUUUGAGAGGAUUGUUAGGGCUCAUAGAGCUGGUGAAGUGUUCCGUGUAUACAUCCUGAUGCCGCUUCUGCCGUCCUUCGAGGGUGACGUUGGGGGCGAUAGCGGUUCUUCCAUACGGGUGAUCCUUCACUGGGAAUACAGGUCCAUUCACAAAGGAGAGAAUGCUAUACUACAGAGACUCUAUCAAGAAGGCAUCACCUCAUCCGAAGACUACAUCAGUUUCUACGGUCUCCGCACCCACGACAGUCUCAACGACCAGCUCGUCACCGAGCUCGUCUACAUCCACUGCAAGCUGAUGAUCGUCGACGACAACACCGUCAUCAUCGGCUCGGCCAACAUCAAUGAUCGCAGCAUGCUUGGGAUCCGCGACAGCGAGCUUGCGGUGUUGAUUGAGGAUACUCAGAUGGUCGAGAGCGUGAUGGACGGUGAGAGGUACUUGGCAGGGAAGUUUGCCCUUGACUUCAGGCUGCAUCUCUUCAGAGAGCACUUGGGCGUCUUGAAAGGCUUUGAUGAUAUUGAUGUAUCGGACCCUAUCUCAGAUGAGUUCUACAACAUGACGUGGAAGAGGAUUGCCUAUUCCAACACCAACAUAUAUGAUGAGGUGUUCAAGUGCCUCCCAACCGACAGGGCGCCAACUUUCCUGGAUUUGCAGCAAUACAAGAAGGAGCCUCCUCUUGCCCAUGUCGAUCAUGAAGCAGCUGAAAAGAGACUAACAGAGGUCAGAGGUCAUCUAGUGUGCACGCCUCUCAACUUCCUGUGUGAGGAAAACCUGCAACCCAGCAUAGUGGUAGCCGAGGGCCUUGCCCCGACCAAAUUGUGGACAUGAUGAGCAUUCCAAGAAAGAACCUGUCAGACAUUUUAUCUAACAAGUCACUUUUAACUGACAGUUACCAGAGUAACAUCGCUUCUCACCCAUUCAAAAUUAAGGAAAGUUUUCAGAUCUGUCGACUUGUCGGAUGAAAAAUGUUCAUGAAACGCCCCCCAGACACGGUGACCCAUGGUAAAUUGCUGUUUGGUCUACACAAGCUUUGUCUACUGUCAGUCUGGUCUCAACCAAUAUGGUCUAGUUGGUUUUAGCCAGUACAUGUACUUACCAUUUGGUUUAGUUGCCUUCCCGCACAUUUACCUCUUUAAUUAUCAUAUCCACAUAGUCUAGCACCAUGUAGUCUAAUGGUUGGAUGAAUAGUUUGUCAAUCAAAGACAAAGUGCAAAAUAAAAAUUAGACAUGUGGAAAUUAAAGGAAAAUGAAACCUUUGAAACAAGAUAGCUUGUGCGAAAACAGAAAAAUCAAAGAAAUUUAUGAGCAUUUAUAGUUUAGAUCAUUAUUAUCAUGUAGAUCCUCUAGUUGGCAAUGCGACAAAGAUGUGUGAUGUCACAAGCAAACAACUUUCCCAUUUUCUAUGUAUAUCAAUAGUACAUGCAGAUCAUGUAUUAUUUCUAAAGGAGGGCAUGUAAUACAGAUUUUAAAGAAUACAUUAUGGAUGAAGUGUUUGUAUCACCAUAAGAAAGAGCAAAACAAAUACAUUUUGGGGGUAUUUUAUACUCAAUCACAGGGAAAGUUGUUCACAUGUGACAUCACACAUCUUUGUCGCAUUGCCGAUGGGAGGAUCUCCCUAGCAUUAGUGAUCGCAAUAUUAAAAUGCUCAUAACUUUCUCAUUAUUUGUCCGAUUUUUCUCAAACUGUCUUUGAUCUCAUUCUUUGAUAUUUCUCUUUCCACACAAGCCCAUUUGUUCCAAAGGUUUAAUUCGCCUUUAAGACUUUCUGGGCAUUGGACUAGGAAUUAGGCCAGCUGUUUCCUAGGGAAUGGAGGAUGUUUACUAUUGAAAGCAGUCGGAUGGGAACCCCUUCUGACUGAUCUAAGACAAACAAGGUGGUGUACAUGUAUUCCAUUGGUAAGGCCAUGGUGCUUGCCAUGAUAAUGUUCCACAGGGAGUGGAGAAUGUUCAUUAUUGAGAGCAGUCAGAUGGUAACCUCUUCUGACUGGUCUAAAACAAACAGGGUCGUGUACUUAUUCCAUUGAUAAGGCCACGGUGCUUGCCAUGAUAAUGUUCCACAGGGAGUGGAGAAUGUUCACUAUCAAGAGCAGUGUGAACUCCUCGGCCCGAAUUCACAAAGGUGGUUUCUAAAACCAUCGGUUGAAUCCAUGGUUUAUGCAGAUUUCCUAUAUAAAUUACGCUUAUUUACCGUGUAUAUUAGUAAAUGUCCAAUGCUGAUGCGCGCUUUUGUCACAGUGCGCCAAAUUGACGCCUUCAAACAGUGGACUCAUGAACAAAAUAGCGCACUUAACCAUGGCAACAUGUGUCAAUUUGGCUCACUGACAAAAGCUUGCAUCAGCAUUGGACAUUUUUUAAUAUACGCUGUAAAUAAGCACAAUUUAAUACAGGAAAUCUGCAUAAACCAUGGGUUCAACCGAUGGUUUUAAAAACCACCUUUGUGAAUUUAGGCCAAUGAUUUGAGAACAAGGUUUUGCUCUGAUUCCGUUUGUAUGACAAUGGUGCUUGACAUAUUAUUUCCCAGGGAGUGGAAAAGGUGUAUAAUCAUAUACAGAUUAGCAUUGAUUUGGAGUACUACUUAUUACAAUGUGAUAUUUCAAAAUUCAGCUUUGAGUAAUAAUCUAUAUGCUUCUGUACAUUAUCUUUACCUAAUUUCUAAUGUUAGAAGAUGAGAAUUUUGUAUAUUGGAGCUUGAGCUUAAUACCUUGAAAAUCAUUGACAUUUCUACUUAGUUAUGCCUUGAAAAUCCUUAAGAUUUCUACUUAGUUAUACCUUGAGAAUAUAUGUACUCUUUUGCUUGCAUUCCUUUUUAAAUAAUGUACAUUAAAUCAAUUUUUGUUUUCUUUUAUAAAUUAUGAAUGUACUGUACUGCAUAUAUUCUUAGGGGUUAAGAGCAGACAUUUCUUGCUUUGACCCCAUUCCUCCCCCCCUCCCAUAGGGGGAUUGUGGUCUAGUGGUUUAGACUCCUGUCUUUCAAUCUGAGGGAUGUGGGUUUGAUUCCCAGCCAUGCCGUGUUUUCCUUCAACAAGAAAUUUGCCCUUAUUUGGUGCACUCAACCCAGAUAAGGUAAAUGGGAAGGAAUUCCUUAAAAAGCCGUGCACACUGGAAUUGGUAGAUUAGCUUAGCAGGGGUAAUAUACAAGCCCCUUUUGCUCCUAACAAGGUGGAUACUUGUGCUGUACAAAUCCUAUAUUAUUUUGAUAGGGAUCAGUUAAUUAUUUGACUCCACUCGGGUACGUAUAAAGGAUCUAUGCCUUCUGUUUUCAUUUAAAAAAAAUACUUUAAAACUGUGCCAAAUCUCGUAAAUAUGUCUUUCAAACUGGCUCAAUUGUCCAAUAGUUCAGUUGGGUAGUAAAUGAAAAGAAAAUGUAUAAAACUAUCAUAAGCGUCGUCAUACGCACGUAUCAUUCUUUUAUUUUGAGGAUGAGCAUUUAAUUUAUGAUGUUUUGUAUGAAAACAUAAAACAGGUUCAUGUACAGUAUCUUGCCAAUUACAAGUGCAAAAUAAUUGCAUGGUCAUUGCUUUAGUUUUAGGCAACCCUGCAGCCAUGCCUUUUUCAGUGCAGCAUUUAGGGAGUAGCACUGCAUUUUUUAUGCAUCUACAUGUACCGAUGGCAUGUAAACACAAGAAAAUAAGAAUACUGUGGUAAGUAUUUUUCUGUGCUCACCUAGGCAUGCAUCAUACAGGCCAGUGUUUAACGUCAUAAUGAAAAGUAGAUGUUGAAUCGUUAUAUGUGCCAUCUGCAUAAAUUUGAGAAGUUUUAAUAUGGUACUAUAUACUACCAAUUUAUACUGCUGUACCACUUUACAAAACAAAUAAUGCACCAAUUAAAUUUUUGAUAUUGAUGGUCUCAUGCUUAUCUCAUGUUGCAAUACCUUCACAUGCACCACAUCCCCACAACACACUAACAAAUUUGCUUUAUUUGUCUGAAAUAUAGCAGCAUUGCAUUAACAAAACAAAAAACUGUAAUCUUUGGCUGUUUGAUGACCAAAUUUAUGUCAGAUUAAAGUUUAAUCUUUUGU